UGCAGAACAAAGGGAAAAUUGUCACUUGUUCAAGUUGCUCCUGCUUCUUGCUGGCUGUCUUUCUCCUUCCUUCCAUCCUGGACAAGGAGACAUGUGGCUGCUCAGUCUCCUCAUUCUGCUCUCUAUCACAGAGCUCUCCCACACCCAUAAUACCACAGUCCUGCAGGUCAUGGAGGGCCAGACCCUGUCUAUCUCUUGUCCUUAUGACCCUGUGAAGUACUGGGGGAAGCUGAAGUCCUGGUGCCGGCAACAUGAGCAACAAGGGCACUGCCAACAUGUGAUCAGUGCUCGCCGUUCCUGGCUGAUAGCCUUUUUAAAGAAGUGGAACGGGAGCACAGCCAUUGCUGAUGAUGCCCUGGCUGGCAGGCUGACCAUUACCCUGAAAGACCUCCGUCCCCAUGACACUGGACUCUAUCAGUGCCAGAGCCACCAGAAUGGAAUGACAGACACCCUGAGGAAGAUAAUGGUGGAGGUGCUUGAGGAUUCUGUUGGACCCCAAAGCUCAGGAGAUUCCUGGAUCCCUGAAGAGCCUGAGAUCUUGGAGAAGCACCAGAGCCCUGAGGAACCCAAUGUCCAAUCCAGCGUCUCCAGGAGUCUCUCUGAAACUAGGAACCCACUCUCCCCCACUAUCUUCUUCUUCCUGGUUGCUGGACUCUUGCUUAGCAAAUUCCUGGCUGUGGGAUUCCUCUGGAUCAUAGCCUGGCACAAGAAGAGCCAAAAGAAGAAACCAGAAUGUGGACACAGUCAUGAUUACCAGCUCCAGCCCCUACCAGGGCAAGAUGAAGUCUGAAAGGAAAUUCCACUCCUGGGGUCAGGAGGAGAGAGAAGAGGAGCAGCCUUAGAUGCCGGCCAAUUUUUUCACAUCUUCUUCUACCCCACCAUACCUUCCAUACCAAUCUCUGAGCCUCCUGAGAUACCACACUAGUCAAACUACUAAUAUACUUAUUUACUGAUCUCCAUGGGCCAACACAGGUGCUCUACCUUGGGGGAACAUACAUAGACCUUUUGCCUGCCUUGUGGAAAGUAACUGUAGAUCCCUCUUUCCCAAAUCACCUUUCACUGUUCCCAGAUGCAGCUAAGAAAGAUGAGCUGGAACUUGUAAAUAGAAAGAAGCAGAAUUCUGUAUAACAUUAAAAGAAUUUGUUUAUAAA